AUGAACCCAAACAGUUUUAAUAUAUCCCCUGAAUUACCGAGGAGCAAUACCUCAGCACAGGAGGAAAAUUUAAAUGAACACGAAGAAGCCGCCAGAAUUGCUCAAACAGCGGUAAUGUUCGACAAGGCGGAGAAAAUCCUAAAAGCGAUGCAAACGCCUCAGGCAAUCCGCGAAUUGCCGCAAUUCGACGUGAUACGGACCAACAAAAUCGCGCCUCCCACGCGCAAGAAAAGGAAGCUGCCCAUGCCAAUGGAGAGAGAUUCGGAGAUGCAAUCCGUUCCCGUUUCAAACAACAUCCCCGCGCACCCGCUGCCGACAGACGCGCUCAUCCUCCAGAUACUACAGCAGCUUCAACAACAGCAACAAGUCACCAACCAGCUCCUCCACAAUCAGCAGCAGGUCCACGAGCAGCAACGUGCAUUCAUCAGCCAGCAGGAAAAUGCCCUCCGAAACAUUCAAGUUCAGGUACCAACAAACACAGAAGUGAUCCUCGAUUCGCUAGCGAGCAACGUGAAGGAAUUCCGCUAUGACGUUGAAAGCAACAUAACCUUUUCAUCGUGGUUCUCGCGCUAUGAGGAUUUGUUCUCGCAAGAUGCAUCCCGUUUAGAUGAUCCAGCUAAAGUGCGGUUGUUAAUGCGGAAGCUCGGCAUAGCGGAGCACGAACGAUACAGCAGUUUCAUACUACCGAAAACUUCCCAGGAGUUCUCCUUCGCCGAUACGGUAGCCAAACUUAGGGGCUUGUUUGGGGCUGCUGAGUCAAUUUUCAGCAAACGUUAUCGUUGUCUGCAGGUUUCCAAGAAAUCGACGGAAGACUUUGUGACAUACGCCUGCCGAAUAAAUAAAAAUUGUGUCGAGUUCGAGCUUGGUGCCCUAACGGAAGAGCAGUUUAAGGGCUUAAUUUUUGUAUGCGGAUUGAAGUCGGAAGCAGACGCAGAGAUUCGGACGCGACUCUUGUCUCGGAUCGAGGAGAAAGAUGACGUGACUCUCGAACAACUAUCCGCAGAAUGCCAACGUCUUAUCAAUCUACGUCACGACACGGCGUUGAUUGAGGAAUCUAGCAGGGAUGUGCACGCAAUCAGGAAGAAGCGGUUCCAGAGACGGCCAAGAAUGAAACAGGAUAGCUCCAGUUCACAAUCAUCACCGGGAGAAAGGAAGAAGGAACCACCAAGUCCGUGUUGGUACUGCGGCAUGAUGCACUACACCCGGGACUGUAAAUACAAAACACAUCAGUGCUCGGAGUGUAGGCAUUACGGACAUAAAGAGGGUUAUUGCGCGAGUUCUAAGAAGUCCCGACGUAGGCAAACGCAUAGAAAUAUGCGCAACGUUACGGUUGAAACCAAAACCGUUAAGGUGUCUGUGAACAGCGUGCGCGGAAGAAGGAAGUUUGUAUCAGUCGAGAUCAACAGCGUUCCAGUCCGGUUGCAGUUCGAUUCAGCAUCGGACAUCAGCGUUAUUUCGACUGAGACAUGGAAGCAUCUCGGAGAACCACCUGUCCGCACAUCAUCAGUGACCGCCAAAACUGCAUCAGGCGAUCCUCUACAACUAUUGUCUGAGUUCGAUUGCUCGGUAAUGAUCAACGGUGUAACGAAAGUUUGCACGGUCUUCGUCGUGGCACAGGAUCUCCACAUUCUCGGACUAGAUCUAGUGGAAACAUUCCAGCUGGAUACACUGCCGAUGAACGUCCUUUGUCGUCAAGUCAGCGAUUCCAGAUCCUAUGCUGAUCGCCUCAAGCAGACCUACCCAUCCGUUUUCAGCACCAGUUUGGGAUAUUGCACUAAGGUCACCAUCAAACUGGACCUCAAGCCUGGUCAAAACCCGGUUUUCCGUCCGAAGAGACCUGUGGCAUACGCCAUGUACCAGGCCGUCGACGAGGAGCUUGAUCGACUCGAGCGUUUGAAGAUUAUCGAACCAAUCGACUACUCGGAGUGGGCCGCUCCGAUCGUUGUCGACUGA